GUUUUUUCUUCCCUGUUUCAGCUGUCAUUUUGAUGUUGAUAUGUAAAGCAAAAUGGCAAAAAUCAACACCCAGCACUCCUACCCUGGUAUGCACAGGCUGUCUGUCAGAACUACUGAUGAUGAUGUUGCCAGGAUUGAAAAUGGCUGCCUCAGAACCCAUUCACUGUGUGAGGAUGUGUCUUCAGAACUGCAGAGAGUCAUUCCUGUGGGGGGAAGACAUGCAUCUGAAUCCCAGACGAGCUCAUUUGCAGGCAGGGGAGCAAUGGCAAGGCUAUCACGAUUUGUUGUAUCUGUGAGGUCAUGGGCUACAAGACAUACGCACCAUGAAGACCAAAGACCUGAUUCUUUCUUAGAACGUAUCCGAGGGCCAGAGCUCAUAGAGGUGUCCACUCGGCAAAGUAACAUCCGCUCCUUUCUGGGCAUCCGUGAGCAGCCUGGGGGAGUAAACAGCAAAAAGGAAGAAAAGAAGGAGGUUAAAGAGGAGAAAAAAGAGGAAAAGAAAGAGGAGAAAAAAGAGGAAAAGAAAGAGGAAAAGAAAGAUGACAAAAAAGAUGAUAAAAAAAAAGAAGAGAAGAAAAAAGAAAUCUUUGUGGUAGAUCCUUCAAGCAAUAUUUACUACAACUGGCUGACCAUAAUUGCAGCACCUGUCUUCUAUAACUGGUGUAUGCUAGUGUGCAGAGCCUGCUUUGAUGAGCUACAAGAGGACCACAUUAAAUUAUGGCUGUUUUUGGAUUAUGGCUCUGAUAUCAUUUAUAUUUUCGACAUGUUUGUGAGAUUCAGAACAGGCUUCCUUGAACAAGGCUUGCUAGUUCAGGAUGAAAAGAAAUUGCGAGAUCACUAUACCAAAACUUUGCAGUUCAAACUGGAUGUGCUGUCUGUUGUGCCAACAGACGUGGCAUAUCUGAAGUUUGGUUUGAACUACCCUGAGCUGCGAUUUAACCGCUUGCUGAGGAUUUCUCGGCUGUUUGAGUUUUUUGACCGUACUGAAACCAGGACGAAUUAUCCCAAUAUGUUCCGUAUUGGAAACCUUGUCUUAUACAUUCUUAUCAUCAUCCACUGGAAUGCGUGUAUAUACUUUGCAAUUUCAAAGCUCAUCGGAUUUGGAACUGACUCUUGGGUCUACCCUAACGUGUCCAUCCCAGAGUACGGGCGCCUGUCUAGAAAGUACAUUUACAGUCUGUACUGGUCAACACUCACUCUGACAACCAUCGGAGAAACACCUCCCCCGGUGAAAGAUGAAGAGUAUCUCUUUGUGGUCAUUGACUUCCUGGUGGGUGUCCUGAUCUUUGCUACCAUUGUCGGUAACGUGGGCUCCAUGAUUUCCAACAUGAAUGCCUCCAGGGCAGAGUUCCAGGCCAAAGUGGAUUCCAUUAAGCAGUACAUGCAUUUCCGAAAAGUGACGAAGGAUUUGGAAGCCAGAGUUAUUAAGUGGUUCGAUUACCUCUGGACCAACAAGAAAACAGUGGAUGAGAAGGAAGUUCUCAAAAAUCUGCCUGACAAGUUGAAGGCUGAAAUCGCCAUCAAUGUCCAUUUGGAUACACUGAAGAAAGUGCGUAUAUUCCAGGAUUGUGAAGCUGGACUUCUCAUUGAGCUGGUGCUGAAACUGAAACCUACAGUCUUCAGUCCUGGGGACUACAUUUGCAAAAAGGGAGAUAUUGGGAGAGAAAUGUACAUUAUUAAAGAGGGAAAAUUGGCUGUGGUGGCAGAUGACGGCAUAACCCAGUUUGUAGUCCUAAGUGAUGGCAGCUACUUCGGUGAAAUCAGCAUCCUAAACAUCAAAGGUAGCAAAUCUGGCAACAGGAGGACAGCCAACAUAAGGAGUAUUGGUUAUUCUGAUUUGUUCUGCUUGUCUAAAGAUGAUUUAAUGGAAGCCCUCACAGAAUAUCCAGAAGCCAAAAAGGCUCUGGAAGAGAAAGGGCGACAAAUUCUGAUGAAAGACAAUUUAAUAGAUGAAGAAGCAGCAAAAGCAGGAGCUGACCCAAAAGACUUGGAAGAAAAAGUAGAAAAACUUGAAACAGCUCUGGAUACACUGCAGACCAGGUUUGCGAGGCUCUUAGCAGAAUACACCUCAUCUCAGCAAAAGGUGAAGCAGAGACUGGCCAGAGUAGAAACCCGAGUGAAAAAAUACGGUAGUGGCACCUUAUCAGUUGGAGAAGCAGAGGGUGAAAAACCUGAAGAGGAGAAAAAGCAGUAAUGGAGUAUUUGUACUUCCUCAUUUAUUCAGUGGAGAAGGUUGAAGCCUGUGAAAGCCAUAAAUGUAUGUAAAUAUGUGUGUGCAUACACAGACCUGAUUAUUUUUAUAUGAACUCAAGAGAAUGGGUUUUAGCAUUUUUAACUAAAGCAGUAUUUUCUUGUAAAUAGAACACUGCCAUUUUCUUAGGGGGACAUUUGGUCUGGCAUUUGGGUGCUUUUUUGUACUGGGAGUGGGUUUCUUACAAGUCAUGCUCAGAAUGUUUAUUGUGUGUGGUGUGUGCAGGUCUUGACGCGUUGUCUCUUCCCAUCUCUGUCGUGUUAAGCAGGCGUUGUACUUAAAGCAAGAAGGGAUUGGGUUUUGUUACAGACUUCAAAAA